CUGCGUCGGACAAUCCUUGAACCCCGAUACACUAGCAUAUUACAUCAAGCAUAUAGGCUUUCAACACCAUCAUGUUCAACCUGCAAUCCAACUCGGCGUCGUCCUCGCGAUACUCGUUGCCAGCAUCCGCACCUAGCCCUCCACCCAAUGCCAAUCAGACGAAACGUUCCUCUUCUUACCUCUCUACCGGGUUCACCAACCUCUCCAUCUCAGGCAUCGGUUCCUCUUCUUCCAAUAACGAUCUGGCUAGCCCAGCAGGGAGAGGUGGGGAGAUGAACAUCCUCGAUCGACCGAUCAACAAGAGUCGGGGGUUCGAAGUGGGGUUACCGGCGUGGGCGUUCCUGUUCAGCGAGAUUGUCAGUUAUAGUCAGACGAGGGUGGACAGCGUAGCAGACCUGGAAAAGAGACUAUCGACAUUAGGAAGAGAAGCUGGCAUCCGGAUCAUAUCUCUUCACCUCCUGCGAGCAGCACAGACAAGUAACAACAAGGAUCCGAAAAAGGAAUACCGGUUGAUCCCAGCAUUACAGUUCAUACACACCCAGGUGUAUCGAUAUUGUUUCGGAAAGGCCGCGGACGGGUUGGAAAAGAGCGUCGAGGGGGACGACGAGUACAUGCUGACCUUGAAUAACCCGCCGUUGACGCAACAUAUCUCGAUACCAAAGGAUCUCUCACAAUUGAGCUGCGAGGCGUUCUCGGCCGGAAUUGUCGAGGGGGUGUUGGAAGGCUUGGACAUGCCUGCAAGAGUGACGGCGCAUACCGUACCAACCGACCAGUUCCCGCGGCGCACGGUGGUGCUGAUCAAGCUGGAUCGGAGCGUGUUGGAUCGGGAAGAAGGGCUGGGCAAGUGAGACCGUAUGAUAGUGAGAGACGUCUAUCGGGAUCAUGGAGAUAUAUGUAGCAUCCGGUGAUCAGCCAUGCACGUUCAAGUGCGAGUGGGCGGUAUCAUACUGUAGCAGGCAAUCGAAAUCGUAAACAACGGUCAGCCCUUUGAUGUCACGUGACUUUGAUGAGAUAAUUCAGAGAGAGA